GAUGCCAUAUUCCACAUGUUGAGAAGAAGGAGGAAGCUCUUCCCUGAGGUGUACACUACGAAUUGUGUGGUUCUGGACACAUCUGCUCCACAAAUAUUUUCAAUGUACUGGAAUUGUCAUGAUGGUGACAGAAGCACAUUUAUCUGGGAUGAGUCAGUUAUUCAUUAUGUGAGGGGGAUGGAGCAUCGGUACUUGCCUUGUUGGGAGAACCAGGAGUACAUCUACUUCACAUUGAACCUUCCUGCUGAGAAGCAUUGGGUGGCUGUUGAGGUAGAUAUUGAGAAUUGGCAGAUUGUUGAAUAUGACUGUGAUAUCGGCGCCACGACUGAGGACAAUAUGAAGUCAUAUUUGAAGCCUUAUGCCGAGCUAUUUGCAUCCUUAUUGCGGGCUUCUAGUUAUUUUAAGACCAACAGUUAUGUAUUUCCGUUUGAAACAGGUGAUCUCAGCCAGCUCCCACCAAUGCAUUAUAAACGAGCUACUCCGGAAGUUGUACCGCAAGCGGAAAGCAGUGGCGAUUGUGGAAUGUAUGCCAUUGAAUACGUGGAGCACCGAAUGUUGGAUCGGUCGUUUGAGAAAGUUAACGAUGAUAACAUGCUCACCUUUAGACAUAGGUGGUGUGUUGACUUAUUUUACCAGAAUUUGAGCUGGUAGUUGAACUGGUUUUAUAAUUUUUUGUGGUUAAUGUAUAAUAUUUA